CCUGUUAUGGUUUAUGUGUGGGGGUGGUGGUGCUCGACAAACACUGAAUGACAGAGAGGAAGAAAGAGAGAGGGCUCGCGCUCCCUCCCACCGCUCGUGCGCACCGACUGUGACUGCGCUCCCUCUCCUCCAUUCAAACAUGGCGAAACUCUUUGCCAUUAUACCACCGCCACCAUCACCUUCCUCCAGUUCAUCGUCAUCACCACCACCAUCACUAUCUUCACCAUCGCUAUCACCAUUAUCUCCGGUAGCGUGAUGACCCGGGAGGAUGGAGAAGUUGUCGGCGAGCCUGUCGGAGAUCACUUGGAGCCCGUUGGCGCUGCCGUUGGACGCGGUGGUCAGCAAGUUCCGUCUGCCCACUCUGGUCCGUCUGGCCCACGGUGAAUGUGUGGAGGGGCUUUCGGAGGAGGAUGUGGUGCUGUUACACUCCUGCCGUCAGUGGACCACUGUGACUGCUCACAGCUUAGAGGAGGGACACUACGUUAUUGGACCCAAGAUAGACAUCCCUCUGCAAUACCAGGGGAAGUUCAAGUUGUUGGAUGAAGACCGAGACGUCAGGGAUCCGGUCCAGUAUUUUUCCAGUGUGGAGGAAGUUGCCGGAGUCUUCCCUGACCGGGUCUUUGUCAUGGAGACGAUCACUUGUAGUGUCAAGGUGGUUUCGGGCGAGUUCAGUGAGGACAGUGAGCCCUACAGCUUCACUCUGCAGGCUGGAGAUGAGCUGUCACUCAUGGGGAAGGCGGAGCUUCUGUGUGCCACGCCCUCUAAGGACAAGACUGGACUGAGCGCGCUCUUGAGACGCCUGGGAAAGACUCCUAGAAGUAAAACUCCAUGCCUGGUCUGUAUGAACCAUCGCACCAAUCAGAGCGUCAGCCUACCCUUUGGUUGCCGUGGACGCUUUUGCACACGCUCCCCUCUAGAGCAAGGCAUGCUGGGAGGGGAGCACACGGUACGCAGCAUCAUCGAGAGGGUUCGCCUCCCCGUCAAUGUGUCCGUGCCUUCUCGACCGCCACGAAACCCCUACGACCGCCACGCGGUCCGAGAGGGCCACCGCUACAAGCUGCUCAACAUCGUCAGCAAGACGGUGGUGCUCUGCAUGGUACUCCGCCGGCAGGAAGUCUCCCCCUCCCACUUCCUGCUGCUGCGCUGCAUGCCCCGGUUCAACGUGGCCGAGGCCUCUGUCCACACGGCAGCGCUGGAAAGCCUCCUAUUGCGACACGCAUUCGACCCGGAUGCCUACUCUCGAGCUGUUAGAGAAACCCGGCCAGAGCUGGAGUGUAUGACAGAGGAGUGUGUGAGCCCGCGGCGCUCUCGCAUGUGUGUGUCGGGUCAGGACUCCUUGGCACCGGCGCUGCAGCGCCUCUCCAUGUGCGGGUACGGGGGCGGGGUUUCGGACAGCUUAUCACAGCGCUGCAGGGACUCUCUUGGAGAGCGGCUGGGGGAGGGACCAGGUGAGGAGCGGGAGUAUUUCACUCCUGAGUGGACUGAGGCUGAAAUGAGGACCAGUGAGGAAAUCCCUUACGAGGAACUCUGGACCAAUCAGAAUGCAGAGGGCUUGGGGAAGGAGCCAAAUCUCAUCUCCUUUCAUUCGUCUGCCUCAUUGGACGGAUCUCUUGGUACCAUGGUGACGAGAGUGUCUACCCCGCCACCCGUACCUCCCAAAUCUGAUGCUGUGAGAGAGGAGUGUCGCUACUUGAUCGCCCCUCCAGUUCCCCCUCGCUGCUCUAAAGGAGGCUCCAUCUCCAGUCCGGUACCAAGCCCUCCCGUCCCACCUCGCUUCCCCAAAACCUCCACCUCCCCGAGACCCAACCUCUCCUUCUACUCCUCUGGACUUCAGGACAGCUGCUCGCCCUCUCCAGAUGCUUCCCUCUACUGUUACCCGUGCUCCUGGGCCGACUGCCCGGCCCCUAACCCUGCCAGUCCUGAUCCGGCCUCUGCCGCCCCGGCAGACAACACAGCAAACACAGCCAAUCCCCAGCCAGCACAGGCCACCUGGGCAGAGCCGUGGGUAGAUUCCUUCACCUCCUCCGGACCUCGACUGAGGCCGCCACCUCCACAGAGCAGAUUUGCCCCCUUCGGGGCGUUGAACCCCUUCAACCGCCAGUCCCCUUGCCCCUCGCCUGAGCCCCCUGCCAAUCCCACCACAGAUUCCUCCAGAGGUGCAGAGGGCGGCGGGGCGUCCACAGGGGUCACUGAAGGGUUGUGCCCGCCCCCUGACCCCACCUGGCGGCCUCCCACUGACCUGUCUGUGCUGUCAUUGGAGGAGGUGUCGGCCUGCCUGCGGUUCAUUGGCCUAUCAGAGGCAGCGGUGGCUGUGUUCCAGAGGGAGCGAAUCGACGGCAGCCUCCUGGUGCAGCUGACUGAGGACAUCCUGUCACAUGACUUCCACCUGAGCCGACUCCAUGUCACCAAGAUCACACAGUUCAUACAGGGCUGGAGGCCCAAGAUCUAACGUGCACGUACGCGCACACGCGUACGCGCACACACACACACACACACACACACACACACACACACACACACACACACACACACACACACACACACACACACACACACACACAAUGUGCCUGUUGGCUACUGAGCCAUCCUGAAUGUGCCUUUCACUGUGACCAACCGGCUGCUGAGCCCCACUGACUUUGCUGAGACUUUGCUGAAGGAAACCACGCCACCCUGUGGUCAAAGUAUAAAACUGACACUUGACUUGACUGGAUCUCAUGCCAGGAGUCUCUGACAGACUGACUGCAUACUUCCUGUCUGAAUCAUAGACUGGGACUAGUUUACUAACAAAAGGCUACAACAGAGAGCUACAUUACGAAGGUGCCCCGUUUCAGUCCGUCUUCGGUGCAGAUAGUCAACCACAUGUUCGAGACAGCUAAAGGUUUUAAGCACUAUAUGGAUUUGUGUGGCCUUCAUGCUGUGAUCCCACAUCAUAUCUGAUAUGAGGCGAAAACAUGCAUUUAUUCAACAUUAAAAAUAUAUAGGGGUGAGUUUUUGCAAUAUGAGGGGCAUUAAGAGAUUUACAGCCUCCAUUGUUGACCAGUAGGACAUGUAACCACGCUGACGUUAACACUGAAUCUGUUCCCUACCUGAGUCUCUUGCACAGCCUUCUUCAUCCGUUGUUCUUCAUCUGUGCAUUGAGCUUCAGUGGCCUGUAUUUGGUAUAAAUAACAAUUCUUAGGAGAUAAAAAAGAGCUUGUUUGAGUUGUUUAAAGCUAAAU